AUGGAGAUCUCUUCUGACUCCUCUGGCCCAGCUGAGGGGGGUGACCCCGCCGCUGACGACACGGCGGCCACUCGCCGCUCUCCACGCUUGGAGACCCCCCCUGGUUUUCCGCCUCGGCCGUCUUCGCCGCCUCCGCGGCCUGCUGCUGUGGACUCUGGAGCUGAGACUGCUGGUGCUGAGCCUGGGGGUGCUGAGACAGAGGGUGAGGGUUCUGGGGGUGCUGCGACUGGGGGUGCUGUGACUAGGGGUGCUGGUUCUGGGGGUGCUGCGACUGGGGGUGCUGCGAGUCCUAGUGGCGGUGGAGCUGUGGGUGACCCUGCUGGAGGUCCUGGAGCUGGACAGCCACCACAGCCUGAUCAACUUGAGACGCUCUCACCGCAGGCGAUUCGUGCGUGGAUCGUUCGGCGAGGCAGUCCUGGUGGUGGAGGGUACGGUCCUGCUGGUGCUGGAGCUGCUUGUCCUGGAGGUACUGCUGGUGCUGGAGGUGCUGGAGGUACUGCUGGAGGUACUGGAGGUGCUGCUGGUGCUGGAGGUACUGGAGCUGCUAGUCCUGGAGGUACUGGAGGUGCUACUGGUGCUGGAGGUACUGGAGCUGCUGCUGGUGCUGGAGGUACUGGAGAUGCUAGUGCUCGAGGUGCUGCUGGUGCUGGAGGUGCUGGAGGUACUGGAGGUGCUGGAGGUGCUGCUGGUGCUGGAGGUACUGGAGAUGCUCGUGCUGGAGGUGCUGCUGGUGCUGGAGGUGCUGGAGGUGCUGGAGCUGCUAGUGCUGGAGGUGCUGCUGGUGCUGGAGGUGCUAGAGAUACCUCUGCUGGAGGUGCUGGAGCUGGACAGCCACCGCAGCCCGAUCUACUUGAGACGCUCUCGCCACAGGCGAUUCGUGCGUGGAUCGUUCGGCGAGGCAGUCCUGGUGGUGGAGGGUACGGUCCUGCUGGUGCAAGAGCUACUCGUCCUAGAGGUACUGCUGGUGCUGGAGGUGCUGGAGGUACUGCUGGAGGUGCUGCUGGUGCUGGAGGUACUAGAGGUGCUGCUGGUGCUGGAGGUACUGGAGCUGCUGCUGGUGCUGGAGGUACUGGAGUUGCUAGUGCUGGAGGUGCUGCUGGUGCUGGAGGUGCUGGAGGUACUGGAGGUGCUGGAGGUGCUGCUGGUGCUGGAGGUACUGGAGCUGCUAGUGCUGGAGGUGCUGCUGGUGGUGGAGGUGCUGGAGGUGCUGGAGCUGCUAGUGCUGGAGGUGCUGGAGGUGCUGGAGCUACCACUGCUGGAGGUGCUGGAGCUGCUAGUGCUAGAGGUACUGCUGGUACUGGAGGUGCUGGAUCUGCUGGUGCGCUUCGCCACCUUCUCGGUCUUCCGCCAGCUCCUACUGAGUUCCCAGUCGCUGUUACUACUCCUCCGUUACUGUUCCCACACCUACUGCCUCACUCCCCACUGCGUGCUCCUGCUCCUUACACUGCUGUGACAGAAGCUUCCGUUCCUGCUCGUGUUCGUCGUGUGCGUCGUCCUCAUGCUCCGGCUGUCCCAGGCACUCACGAUAUGACACUCCGUCCUUCCUCUGUUCCACAGCGUGUUGUCCUACCGUCACCUCCUGCGUCUUCUCUUCCUGACAUUGCUGACCCUCCGUCUGGCCUUGCUCGUGCUUCCAGUCCGACUGUCACUCGCUUGCUUGCUACAGUUGUGAUGGACCCUACGUUCUCGUCUCCUGCUGCGUCGGCCUUAGUCGCUGAGCUAGUUGACUUUGCUGCUGCGCACCGCCUAGACUACCUUGCGAGUCUUGUUUCUGACCCUGACCCUGCCUGUCCUCCGUCCGUUGGGGGUGAGGUUGCCCUUGGCUGUGACGUUCUUGAGGACAGACAGGAGGAGCUGGAGUGUCUUGCGGCCGCUGCACCUCAUCUCGUGACCAUGCUGCUUGCCCCUGAGGGAGACCCGGAUGCACUUGACAUCCCCACCCCGCGCUCUUACAGAGAGGUGAUCUCGGGUGAGAUGGCUUCAUGGAAGUCCACAGGCACCUACGUCGACGAGGUUCCCCCACCUGGGGCGAACAUCGUCAGUGGCAUGUGGAUUUUCAGGGUGAAGCGGCCGCCGGGUUCUCCGACUGCCUUCAAGGCACGUUACGUUGCUCGAGGCUUCAGUCAUCGUGAGGGGGUCGACUUCUUUCAGACCUUCUCCCCCACCCCGAAGAUGACCACUCUUCGGGUGUUGCUACACGUUGCAGCUCAGCGUGACUACGAGCUGCACUCCCUCGACUUCUCGACAGCUUUCUUGCAGGGUAGCCUUCACGAGGCCAUCUGUCUGCGCCGUCCACAGGCCUUCACUGGGUCGUUUCCUGAGGGUACCCAGUGGAGCCUACGGCGACCAGUGUACGGCCUGCGUCAGGCGCCCCGCGAGUGGCACGACACACUGAGGACGACACUUGCGGCUCUUGGUUUUGCUCCCUCGACAGCUGACCCAUCGCUGUUUCUGCGCACUGACACUACCCUGCCGGCGUUCUAUAUCCUUGUGUACGUUGACGACUUGGUCUUUGCUACUGCUGACACUGAGGCACUGGCCCUAGUGAAGGCGGAGCUGCAGGAGAGACACACCUGCAUUGACCUGGGUGAGCUGCGGAGCUAUCUUGGCUUGCAGAUCACCCGGGACAGAGCACGGCGCACCAUCACCCUGACUCAGUCACACAUGGUGCACCAGGUCCUUCAGCGCUUCGGCUUCCAGUACUCCUCGCCACAGCCCACUCCUCUGUCUACCGGUCACUCGUUCUUAGCUCCACCUUCGGACGAGUCCGUAGAGCCGAGUGGUCCGUACCCAGAGCUUGUGGGUUGCCUCAUGUAUCUGAUGACGUGCACACGACCUGACCUCGCGUACCCUCUCAGCCUCCUGGCUCGCUACGUGGCUCCCGGUAGACACCGAAAGGUGCACUGGGACGCUGCGAAGAGGGUACUGCGUUACUUGUGCAGUACAUCGGGCAUGGGGCUCGUGCUUGGAGGACGGGGUUCAGUGGUACUGACAGGACACGCAGACGCUUCUUGGGCCGACGACCAGGCGACUCAGCGUUCGUCACAGGGUUACACCUUCAGUCUUGGCUCUGGUUCUGUCUCGUGGAGGUCCACUUGUUCUUCUUCUGUGCUUGGCUCCAGUUGCGAGGCCGAGAUCUACGCUGGGGCCAUGGCUGCACAGGAGCUACGCUGGCUGACCUACCUGCUGACCGACUUGGGGGAGCGGCCACGUUCUCCUCCAGUUCUGUACGUCGACAACAAGGCAAUGCUUGCCUUGUGUCGCGAGCAGAGACCGGAGCACAGAACGAAGCACAUUGCUCUUCGCUACUUCCUUGCGCAUGAGCUGCAGCAGCGUGGUCAGUUGCGCCUUGCUUACGUGGCCUCUCGGUCCAACACUGCUGAUGUGUUCACCAAGGCCCUUGGGUCUGGUGAUCAUCAGCGUUUCUGCACUGCUCUUGGGCUUGUGCCCACUCUGCCUCACCUGCUGGUUGCUUGA